AUGGCCGAAAAUCCCGCCAUUCCACCACGCCUUGCUCCAUACAUGCUCGGCACUUCGCCACGAGACUCUCUACCGAGCGAAAAGUCUCCAAAGCCAUUGCGCCAUACAUGGCUCAGUCGACCUCACGGGGAACCAGCGUCAUGGAAGCGCAUCGAGAUUUUGAAUAUCACCACCAACCUCCCACCCAUCACAGCUUCAUCGCCCAUACCGCCUGAAAUCCAAGCAGCAUUGCAUAUCGAAGCACUAUUCACUGCCGUGCGAGACGUCCUCGCGGUCAUCGUGUAUCCCGGCGCGCCGAAGAACAUCGGUAGACUCAACUUGCGUGUAUUCGGCACUGAGGUGGAGCGCAUGGUGUCGAGGGCGUUUUUGAAGAAAUUUGGCAUCGAGACGAGUGUGGUUGGGCCGCGGACGAAGAGGCUGUUGAGCUUUUUUGAAAGAGUGGUGUAUACAGGGGACGGGAUGAAUAUCUGGGACUCGGAGUGGAAAAUUCGGCAGAUAGGCGGGAAGUGGGUGGUUAGGGCGAUAAAUUUUGAGGAGUUGUAG